UUGAACCCACGACCUCAAGAGUGACAAUGGGUUCUGGCACAGGCCAUGGUGAAGCUAGAGGAAAGACUGAAAGGAUAGCAGUCCCUGCUAUGCCCAUGCCUUUAGCCAUCAUCUGCUGCAUCCUAAAUUUCCUAGUGCCUGGACUAGGAACAAUUAUUGCAGGAUUUAGUGCAUUUUGUUGUUCACGAAAUGAAGACAUCUCAUGUUGCAACCGACUGGGCAGCUGUAUGCUGAACUUUGGGAUCGGACUCUUGCAGCUACUGACGAGUGUGAUACUGUUGUUAGGCUGGGUUUGGAGUUGUUUCUGGGGGACUUUCUUUAUCGGAAUGUCUUCUGAAUAUUACAAAGACAACCCUGUGGGUGGGGGCACUGUUCUCCAUACAGGUCAAGGUCAAGCUGUGUUAAUUCAGCCAGGAUCAGCAAAUUAUCCUCGGUGCUACCCCACACAAGCCCAAGGUCAAGGUCAACCGACUAGUUUCCCUGCCCAGCCAUAUCCUAGUUACCAUGGGCCACCACAUUCAGGUUACCAAGACCAAGGUCAGUAUGGUUUCCAAGGGCAGCAGUUUAACCAAGGUCAACAUGGUUUCCAGGGGCAACCAGGCCCAUUCAACCAGCCACCACAUGGAUAUGUAGAACCUCCCCCACCUUAUACAGAAAGAGAUAUCAGGCCCUCUGCUCCACCAGAAGAGAAUUGUAAUAAGCAAAGUGCUUUAUAACCAUUGCUGUUAUUAAAGCUCACCUCCAAUCAAAUUGGUUAAGGGUGAACUUUUGUGAUUACUGGUAGUUACCAACACACUGUUGUCCAUCAUUUUAUUAGCUCAGCUGUUUUUGGAGAAAACCCCGAGGUAUUGUCAUAGCCAGCUCGUCGUGUCCGUCAUCAUGUCGUCCGUUUUGUGCUAAAACCUUUACAUUUUGUCAAGGUUUUGAACAUUGCCUCUAAAAUGAAAGUGCUUCAACCUACAACUUUGAAAGUUUGUAUGUAGCUGCACCUUAACUAGCUCUACAUGCCACACAAAUUUUUGGGUCACUAGGUCAAAGGUCAAGGUCACUGUGACCUCAAAAAAAAAAAAAUCCGACUAGCUUUCAUUUAUUCAAAAACUGCACCCGCAGCCGAGCGUGGCCUCCGUUAUGCGAUGCUCUUGUUAUCAACAUGGUAUGACAGCGACAUGCUACUAUACACCUGUUACUAUGUGAGAAUUUUUCUGUUAAGUUAAAUAAAUCUAGGCGUUAUCAAAAUCUUGGCAGAAAUAUAGUGGAGUGGUCUGUUGAACCAGUUGAAAUACGAGAAUCUCAAAUGAUAUAUCACAAUUGCAACUACAAUCUAACAAGUAAAGAACAGCUUUUCACAAAUGAUGCUUAAAUAUAGUGAGCAUUAUGAAUGAAUGUUAUAUACAUUGUAUAUAUAUUUUAUUAUACCCCCAUUACCAUUGGUAAUAUGGGCUAUAUAGGUGUCACUUUGUCGGACUGUCUGUCCCAAAAACUUCAUUCAAUCUUCCCCAAACUUGGUAAGAAGUUUUAUCUAGAUGAUAUCUAGAUCAAGUUUGAAUAUGGGUCAUGCCGAGUCAAAAACUAGGUCACUGGGUCACUUAGUGCGUUUUAAACCACAAGUUUGUCCGGACCAUAACUAUGUCAUUAUUCUUUAGAUUUUUAAAUGACUUGGUACAUUUGUUCACCAUCAUGGGACGGUGUGUCAUGCAAAAGAAGUAUGUCGAUAUCUUCAAGGUCAAGGUCACACUUGGAGUUUACCAUAAAUGAGCUUGUCUGGGCCAUAACUUUGUCAUUUAUUGUGAGACUUUAAAAUCAUUGGGCACAUUUGUUGACCAUCAUUGGACGGUUUGUCAUGCGAUAGAAUUACGUUGAUAUCUCCAAGGUCAAGGUCACACUUUGAGUACAAAGGUAAAAAAUGGCCAUAAAUGAGCUUUUCCGGGCCAUGACUAUGUUGUUCAUCGUGAGAUUUUAAAAUCAUUUGGCACAUUUGUUCACCAUCAUUGGACGGUGUGUCAUGAGAAAAAAUUACUUCGAUAUCUGAAAUGUCAAGGUCACACAUGGAGUUCGAAAGUCAAAAAUGGCCAUAAAUGAGCUUGUCCGGGCCAUAACUAUGUCAUUCAUGGUGAGAUUAUAAAAUGACUUUGUACAAAAAAUGUUGUUCACAGUCAUUGGACGGCAUGUCAUGUGAAAGAAUUGAAGAGUUCAAUGGUCAAAAUGGCCAUAAAUGGUGAUGACAUAAUAAUUCUUAAAAAUCACCAUAAAUAAGCUUCUCUCGUUUAGUGAAGACAGCAUGCAAAAUAUUCUGUGUCAAUGCAGGAUGUGGGGGUAUACGUCACGUCUGUGACAAGGCUCUAGUUUUAUUUGUAAUUGAUCAAAGUAUUUUUUAUAUAUUGUUUGUUGAUAUAUAUAGAUGACGAUUUGACAAAAUAAGGCCUCUUUUAUUAUUGUGGCUAACUUUGUUUUGCAGUUAUAAUAUAAGAUGUUACAAACUACAGAACAUUGUUUUGUGUACAUUUACAAAAGUGUUAUGGGAUAGAUGGCUAUUAUUAAUAAAAUCUAUGCAUGUUUUUGUGAUAAUCAAUUUUAUUCACUAACUAUAUAUUUUGUUAUAUUGAAUUUUUGUUACCGGUAAAUUAUAUGAUAUGCAAGUGGGUGCCUCUUCUGUUAUGGGUGCAUCCAUGCGACCAUUGUGUUACUUGAUAAUAUCUUGAAUUGCAAAUAUCUGUUUCAAUUGUUGCUAUAUUUUAUUAUCAUUUUGAUGGUUUGUUAUGGAUUAUAUAAAUUUUGCUGUAUUGAAUUUUUUUUCAUAUGAUACAUGUUUUUACUUUUUGUAAAAAUUGUAAUGAUUCUAUUGCAGAAUUCUUCUUGUGAAUCUCUUAUGGAAACUGUUAAUAUUAUUUUGCAUUUGGUUCAAUUUUCAGACCAAAUGCAAAAAUAAUGUUUUCAGCUGACAAAAGAGUACUUGGUUUAAUGGCUUUAGGAUUAUUUGGUUAUUUAAAAACUUUUAAGGACGUUGAACAAAAAUUUCCUUAGAAACACCCCUUAACUUAAGGCGUUUCCGGAUUAACAUUUUCCUAUGAAUUAAGGCGUUUUCGGAUUGACAUUUUCCUAUGAAGCUUGGACCUCACAUUAGUAUUUGUUUAGACAUUAUGCUUCAGUCUGAUAAUUUUUAAAGCAUUUUUUUCAAAGUGUUUCUAGUGGUAAAAAAUAAUGUCUACCACCAUGCAUACAAAUUAUGAAUAUUUUAGCUUCUGGGUAGUAAAUUAUAAUAAAACCCUGUUAGGAUCCCUUUUCUAUGCUUAAAAGUCUAUAUGGUCUGCUUCAAUGUUAAACCUUGUUACACUCUUACACUUUUGCGUGCCUCUCCAUACUUAACUUUUCUCUUACCUCACUCUUUCGUUGCAUGAAGACAGUGUUUGGAGAAGUAGUCAGUACUGCGUCAAAUAUCAAUUUUGAGAUUUCAUUAAAAUUUGUAUCUUCUAAACAUAAUUUGGUUUUAAUUUGUAGAAUGAAAAAUAUUUUAAGAAACAAGCUUUUGUGUGAUGUUAAUUUAACCUCACAAAUUUGAAUUUGCGUAUUUAUACCGCUUGAUGCAAUGUACAAUUAUGCAUACCGGCAUAUCGACUUUUUAGCUCACAUGAACACAAACUGUUUGACAAUUUUGACAUACAUAUAGGCUAAGCUCAAAUCUGGGUCAUAUGAACCAAAAUCCUAGUUCACCAUGCCAAAUCGUAUACAAACAUUGUUAUCACUCUGGAGGCCGCAUUUAUGACUCAGUCUUGAUGAAGCUUGGUCAGAAUGUAUAUCUUCACAAUGUCUAGGCCAAGUUCGAAACUGGGUCAUUUGCAUCUUUAAACUGGGUCACAUGCUCAAAUCAUAUAAAAACUUUUUUAUCACUGUACAGGCCACAAUUAUUAAUCAAGCUUGAUGAAACAUCAUCAUAAUUUGUAACUUGACAAUAUCUAGAGUUUGAAUCUGGGUCACAUGUUUCUUAAAAAUAUCGUGACCAUUCAGCCUAAAUAUAGGUGGAUUGCAUCUCAGAAUUCCAUCACCAGGUUGCUUAGAAACACUCAAGUGGCCAAUUAUGACUCAGUCUUAACUAAGUUUUGUCAUAAUGCUUAAUUUGACAAUAUCUAAACACUGAAUGUAUUAAUUAAUCUUAAUGAAACAAGGUCAGAAUGUUAAUCUUGACAAUGUUGAGGCUGAGCUUGAAUCUGUGUCACAUGCAUACAAAACCUAGGUCACCUGGUCAUAUCUUAGAAAAACCUUGUAACUACUAUAUAGGCCACCCUUUAUAUUUCAAUCUUGAUGAAACUUGGUUAGAAUGUUUAUCUUUAAAAUAUCUAGGUCACUUUCAAAUUGGGGUCAAAUGUGUCCAAAAAGUAGGUCUUCAGGUCAAGUGUCAAAAAUUUGCUUCUUCAAGCUCUUUAGAGCCAUCACUGCACAUUGUUCAUGUUAAGUUUAUUCACAGAGAUUUGAUUGAAGAAUUGCUACUAUUUAUUUAUAUUUUUAUACUCGCAAGAAAAUAAAUACUAUAUUUACA